UUUUUCUGGUGGGGGAGGGGGUACGUCUCGGCGAGUCACGAUGAUGGCGGCCACCAUCCUGUGGUGAGGUAGCGGAUUCUCUGCCGGCCUCGCAGAGGCCCCUUCCCCUCCCGCGGACUCAGCGGCUGGUGGGUGCGGAAGUACGGCAACCCGAGCUCCGCGGGAAGGCCGCAGUCGCGAGCGCAGCGGCGCGGCCCGGAGCGCGGGCUGGGGGACAGGCCGCUCGGUGGGGCGAAUGUGACAAGCCCCCGCCCCCACCGCCUUCCCUCCGAGCGCGCGAGGAGCGCGGGCGACCCCGGGCCGGCCAGGCCACAGACCCCGCCCAGCGGCCAGCACCCGGCGCAGGCCCGGCCGCGGCGCUGAAACGGCACCAUGCAGGUCACCCUGAAGACCCUCCAGCAACAGACUUUCAAGAUCGACAUUGACCCGGAGGAGACGGUGAAAGCACUGAAAGAGAAGAUUGAAUCUGAAAAAGGGAAAGAUGCCUUCCCAGUAGCAGGUCAAAAAUUAAUUUAUGCAGGUAAAAUCCUCAAUGAUGACACUGCUCUCAAAGAAUAUAAAAUUGAUGAGAAAAACUUUGUGGUGGUUAUGGUGACUAAACCCAAAGCAGUGACUACACCAGCACCAGCUACAACGCAGCAAUCAAGUCCUGUCAGCACCACCACCGUUAGUUCCUCCACAGCAACAGCUGUGGCUCAGGCAUCAACCCCUGCCCCUGCUUUGGCUCCCACUUCCACACCUGCGCCAAUUGCUCCAGCAGUGACAACAGCAUCUUCUGAACCUGUGCCUGCUAGUGCAGCUCAGCAGGAGAAGCCUGCAGAAAAGCCAGCAGAGACGCCGCCCGCUAGCAGCCCCACAUCAACUGACAAUACAUCAGGAGAUUCUUCUCGGUCAAAUCUUUUUGAAGAUGCAACAAGUGCACUUGUGACAGGUCAGUCUUAUGAGAAUAUGGUAACUGAGAUCAUGUCUAUGGGUUACGAACGUGAGCAAGUAAUUGCUGCCCUGAGAGCCAGUUUCAACAACCCUGACAGAGCAGUGGAGUAUCUUUUAAUGGGAAUCCCUGGAGAUAGAGAGAGUCAGGCUGUGGUUGACCCUCCUCAAGCAGCUAGUACCGGGGCGCCUCAGGCCUCUGCAGUGGCAGCAGCAGGAGCGACGACGACGGCAGCCACGACCACAACAAGUUCUGGAGGACAUCCCCUGGAGUUUUUGCGGAAUCAGCCUCAGUUUCAACAGAUGAGACAAAUUAUCCAGCAGAACCCUUCCCUGCUUCCAGCACUGCUACAACAGAUAGGUCGGGAGAACCCUCAGUUACUGCAGCAAAUUAGCCAACACCAAGAGCAUUUUAUUCAGAUGUUAAAUGAACCAGUUCAGGAAGCUGGUGGUCAAGGUGGAGGUGGUGGAGGUGGCAGCGGAGGAAUUGCAGAAGCUGGAAGUGGGCACAUGAACUACAUCCAAGUAACACCUCAGGAAAAAGAAGCUAUAGAAAGGUUAAAGGCAUUAGGAUUUCCUGAAGGACUUGUGAUACAAGCAUAUUUUGCUUGUGAGAAGAAUGAGAAUUUGGCUGCCAAUUUUCUUCUACAGCAGAACUUUGAUGAAGAUUGAAAGGGACUUUUUUGUAUCUCACACUUCACACCAGUGCAUUACACUAACUUUGUUCACUGGAUUGUCUGGGAUGACUUGGGUUCAUAUCCACAGUACUUGGUAUAUGAUAGUAGAUUGUUGGGGUGGGGUGGGCGGGAUCUAGGAUACAGGGCAGGGAUAAAUUACAGUGCAUGUCUGCUUCAGUUAGCAGAUGCCGCAAAUCCACAGUGUGUAAAAUAGACAACCAAAAAUCAGCUUUUGCAGGUCUUUAUUUCUUCUAUAAAACAGUAGGUGACUUUUCCUAGGUUUCAUUCCUCUUAGUGUAUUAGUCCAGAAAUUUAGUGUAAUGCCCUGCUUUAUAUUUCUUUGACCUAACAUUGGUUUCUGAACAAAUCCUUGCUAUUUAGAAUUUAUAGUCUGUUUCAUGGCAACACUGGAUAAUGGCUUUUUGAAAUUGAGAAGAACUUUGGAGCAACUGUAAACAGAAAUACCAAAUUAUCAGUGGUCAUUGUUGCUGCUUCACAAAAGUAUAAAAUUAAUGUGUAAGGAAGCCCAUUCUUUCACGUUAAAUACUUGGGGUGUGGAGGGGAGAAAGGGAACUUUUUCUUAAAUCAAAAAUUAUUACUGCUAUUUUAAAAUUUCUUGAUCAUUGAAUGUGAGACCCUUCUAACAUGAUUUGAGAAGCUGUACAUGUGUAGGCAGUUAUUUUCUUGUUUACAUUUUUUUUGUUGGGGGAAAAAUUAGUAGGUGUCUAAUUACUGUUUACUUCAUUGUUAUAUUGCAGUAAAAGAUUUAAAACAACGAUUGCAUGUUUGCUUUUGAUGUAUCCAGUUGUGAAGUUAGCACUUUUGGGGCCAAUGGAGAAAUGCAGUGUUCGUAUUCCCUCUCUCUCCCUUUCUUCCUCUGUCCUUAGCAGAAAUGUGUUUUCAACAAGUUAAUCAGACUGCUGCCUUUUUAAAAAAAUGAAAACAAACAAAAAUACCCCUCAGAAUGCUGAUUCAAUUCAAAAUUAAUGCAGAUGUUUCAAAACUGGGUUUGUGGUAUUUGUAAAUGAUUUUCCUUUACUAGAUAAGAAUGUAUUACCAUUUAAGUCAUUAGUAUUAUAUUGCUUUAAAAAAGAAAUGAAUUAGAACUAUGAGCCAGCAUCUUUUACUUCAUUGAAAGACUGAUGCAUUCUUUUGGAAUGGUUAGGAGACGUGACUGGCAAAGUACUUUGGAAAAUAUACAAUCAAGCUAUCUCAUGGCAUAUUAAAAGAAAACUCAAUAGUGGUGUUGGCUUUUAUUUGGAUUUUGUUUAAUCUCAGUUUAUUAUUCGUUAUUGUUAUUUGAUCAUAAAGAGAGGGCAAAUGUCUACUUGUUCAGUUUAUCAAAUCUAUUUUCCUAAAUAUAAAUAAGACUGUUUAAAGAAAUAUUUUUUCCUACCAUCUGAUAUUAAGAAGAUGAAUUUGCACAGAUUUCUCCCUGCAUAACUUCCUGCAAUAUCUUAGCACAGUUUGGUGAUGACUCUAAUAAGCUUUUACGUCAUACACUCAUAACCUGUCUCUUGUGAAAAUAAAUGAAACUAUGAUUUUCCUUCAGAAUGUACCAUGUUUAAUUUUCAUGUGUUUAUUUCAUAAACAUGAUAGGCUUUUGGACUUUGUAUUACCUGUAUGUUUUACAGUGAAUCGUGCAUAAUGUCUCAGGAGAAUAAAAUGGGGAUUUGUAAAUCUGUAAGGCAUUGACUUGGGAAGAGGGAUAACAUUUCUGGCCAGAUAAUGUAAUGCACUCAUUUAUUUUAUGGCAAUCUAUCUGCUACCUUAUUGUUCAUAACAAUAAAAGAAAAAAAUGGCAACAGGGGGGAAAA